CUGAAAAACAAUAUAAACUACACAAUGAAAUUUUCAUAUUCUUUAUCCAAACGAUUUGUUUUCCCUAAUUUGGCCAUCCAAUUCCUCAUAAUACAUAGUGUUUCAUCACUGAACAUUACCAAUGAGUAUCUCAACCACAAAUGUUUCCUUAAUCAAGGGAUAUAUAAUUCUGGAAGUGAGUACGAGGACAGCCUCAACAUUCUCUUUCGUAAAGUUCGUACUGAUGAUUAUGCUCGGACCGGUUUCAUGCACCUAACUAAGGGCCCUGCUUCUGAUUCUGUCACCGUCAUGUUCCAGUGUCGUGGUGACUCUUAUGGAUCUAAAUGCCGUACAUGCGCUGACACUGCAGUCGCUGGGUUUCGUAAGAGAUGUCCGAGGAACAAAGGAGGUAUAAUAUGGUACGACCAAUGUUUUCUUUGGGUUAGUGAGAUCGGUGAAUCAAUGUCAAUCAAAACUAAUUACAAGAAUAUUUUUUCUAUGUACAACCCAAAUAAUGUGAGAUGGGGUGCAAAAUUGUUCGCCAAGAGGGCGAUGGAUUUUUUUUCUGAGCUAACACUUAAAGUCAAGAAAAACACCGAGGCCGGCUCCAUCAUCAUACUUUACGCGGCAGGGGAAAAGAAGCUAGGGAAAAAUACAUUGUAUGCUAUGGUGCAGUGUGUAAGCCUAACAAUAGAUUGUAAAAGUUGUUUGGCAUGGAGUAUAACAAAGCUUUUCAAGAAUGGUGACAUCAGAGAAGGAGGAAGAGUUUUGGGUAUGAACUGUGAUGUAAGAUAUGAGAUAUACCCUUUUCUUAGGAGUUAAGCAUUUUUUAUAGUGGUGAUGAAUACAUCCUCUUCAUUUUUUUCCAAUUAUGUUUUAGUUUGUUUUUCUUUAUUUUU